CGUGGCAGAAACUAAGUAGCAACGUUGGCACUGCAGAGCAGAGGAAGUUGAUCGAUCCCUUCAUACAAACGAGCAAAAGAGCAAACCCUAACAUGGAGUCGCACGGCGGAGGCCCCCUUCGUUCCCGCAGUUCCCAGUCCCCUUCUCCUUCCCACUCCGCCUCAGCCUCCGCCACAUCGUCAAUCCACAAGCGCAAGCGUGCAUCCGAAGACCACGCGCCUCCCUUCCCGCCCUCCUCCUUCUCCGCUGACACUCGCGACGGCGCCCUCACCUCCAAUGACGACCUGGAGAGCAUUUCCGCCCGUGGUGCCGACUCCGAUUCAGACGACGACUCCGAGGACGCCGUCGUCGAUGAUGACGAAGAGGACUACGACAACGACUCCUCCAUGCGCACCUUCACCGCCUCCAGACUCGGUAACCCUCCCUCUGCUCCCCGUAAUACCAAGCUCAAGACUGAUAACUCAGCUGUAAAAAUUGAGAACUCCGACGGCGCAAAAGACGCCGCAAAUGCCGGAGCUGGUGCCAUGGAGAUUGGACCUGUCCCUAGCAUUGUGGUUAAGGAGGACCCGACUAAGAUUUUUACAGAUAAUUUGCAAACGAGUGGGGCUUAUACAGCUCGGGAAGAGAGUCUCAAGAAAGAGGAGGAAGCGGGAAGGCUUAAAUUCGUAUGCCAUUCAAACGAUGGUGUUGAUGAGCAUAUGGUUUGGUUGAUUGGAUUGAAGAAUAUAUUUGCUAGACAACUUCCCAAUAUGCCCAAGGAGUAUAUUGUUCGACUUGUCAUGGACAGGAGCCACAAGUCUGUAAUGGUCAUAAGGCGUAAUCACGUUGUUGGAGGCAUUACAUAUCGCCCAUAUGCUAGCCAGAAGUUUGGUGAAAUAGCCUUUUGUGCAAUUACAGCUGAUGAGCAAGUAAAGGGUUAUGGUACCAGAUUGAUGAAUCACUUAAAACAGUAUGCACGUGAUGUGGACGGGCUGACACAUUUUCUCACAUAUGCUGACAACAAUGCUGUUGGCUAUUUUAUCAAACAGGGAUUUACAAAAGAGAUUCACUUGGAGAAAGAUCGAUGGCAAGGUUAUAUAAAGGAUUAUGAUGGAGGAAUUCUGAUGGAAUGCAAGAUAGAUCCAAAGCUCCCUUACACUGAUUUGUCAACUAUGAUCCGUCGUCAAAGGCAGAGGUCGUAUUUGGCUAGUUUACGUACUCAGGUACGGAACACACACCCACUGCCAAAAGUGUGGAGGGGGCUUUCAAAAAACAUUACAGCUGAGAGAUAUGAGACCUUAUUUGCUAUUGAUGAAAAAAUCAGAGAGCUGUCAAACUGUCACAUAGUCUAUACUGGAAUUGAUUUUCAGAAGAAAGAAGCGGGCAUUCCUAAAAAAAUUAUUGAUGACAUCCCCGGUUUGAGAGAGGCUGGAUGGACUCCUGAUCAGUGGGGUCAUUCUCGAUUCAGAAGUCUAAAUGUCUCUACUGACAAUACUACUAAUCAAAAGCAUUUGUCUGGUUUUAUGCGAUCACUUCUAAAGUCUAUGCUUGAACACGCCGACGCAUGGCCAUUCAAGGAGCCUGUUGAUGCACGGGAUGUUCCUGAUUAUUAUGACAUCAUCAAAGAUCCAAUGGAUUUGAAGACAAUGUCUAAAAGGGUGGAGUCAGAGCUAUAUUAUGUAACAUUUGAGAUGUUUGUUGCCGAUGUCAGAAGAAUGUUUGCAAAUGCGCGCACCUAUAAUUCUCCAGAAACCAUUUAUUACAAAUGUGCUACAAGGUUAGAAUCCCACUUUCAAAGCAAAGUACAAGCGGGUCUUCAGUCUGGCUAAAAAAUUCAGUAGGCAUUUCAAUGGAGACCGUUGGGCUCUUCAAUAAACUCCAUCCGAAGUAUUUUGUUUAUGACUAAGGUUAAUUUUUCUCACAGUCCCAACAAAUUUGUUGUUUCAUAGUUAUUCUAGCCAAUGUUGUAACUGUUAGAAAAAUAGAUUCUGGUACCUGAUCCGAAUGUUCUGAUGUAAAUAUUCUUAGUAUCUAAAAUUUUUAUUUAAUUCAUAGCAAUAUGUUUGUAUUA